AUGGCAGACCAAGCUUAUGCUCAGCCGCCGUCGCCAGAUGAGCCUCCCCUCCCCGGCAUGGCCUCUCACAACCUCGCCGACAAUUUCCACCGUCUGUCGCUGGCAACCACCGUCUCGUCCGCGAGUCCUCUCCUCGCCUCGUCGCCCACUCCCUCGCCUCGCUCGCCAAGCCAGGCCUCGUCGCGAAUGCGCAACGUUUCCUCGUCUGCGACCCCUGUCUCCUCGAGGGCGAAACCCGGCGCAUUGAGAAAGACCACCAGCACCGCCUCCCUGCGGGACGAGCGUCGGCUCUCUACUCAUUCUUUACAGAAGCGCCCCUCUACGACUUCGCUGAGAUCCGUGAGUGUGAGCAAAGACCAAGCUCGCCCUAGCUUGUCGCGCCGCUCUUCGUCCAAUGUCCUUGGCACCAUGUAUUCGCCCAAGACCUCUAUUAUGGAAGCGCCCACUGCUUCUUCCAUUGCGGCCGAUCAUUUCAAAGCUGAGCUCACUCGACAUGAAGCAGUAGACCUGCAAUCCAAAACUGCCGUCAUUAUUCAAGACGCCUGCUACGGUCAUCGUUACUCUCGGCCUUAUACUAGUAGAGAAGGUCUCUCAACUAUCGUCGAACGGCCUGAGCGAAUGCGUGCUAGUCUUCUCGGAUUGUCGACGGCGUACAUUCGUGUUGGCAAGCGACACACCGGUUCGUCAUUUGCGCCUCAUCCAGACCUUGACAUUGAUCUGCUCCCGCCCCCGCCUUUUCAGAUUCGCAAAUCCAAACGAGCUGUGCCCUUAAACUCCCCCGCUGUGACUUAUGUGCAUGGAGACAAAUGGAUGGAAGACCUACGGACUAUGUGCGAUGCAGCUGAAUCUCGCCUGGCCUUGAAUGGAAAGGAAAUCGUGCGACCGAGGAGUGCUUCCAAAAAGGAUACUGAAGAAAAACAGCUACACGAUGGCGAUCUGUAUUUAUGUCCGGAAUCUCUGGAAGCCUUCCAAGGCGCCUUGGGUGGCGUAUGCGAUGCGGUAGACACGGUUCUGGGUGCCAAUCUGACUAAACGAGUUUUCGUCUGCAUCCGACCCCCUGGCCAUCAUUGUGCCUCCUCCGACCCGUCAGGAUUCUGCUGGCUCAACAACGUCCAUGUUGGCAUUGCACACGCCGCGAUGACCCAAGGAUUGACCCAUGCCGCAAUCAUUGAUUUCGACCUCCACCAUGGCGAUGGAUCUCAGGCUAUCGCAUACAAGCAGAAUGAGCAUGCUUGGUAUCUUCAGCAACGCGGUGGCGCGACGGCCAGAAACGCAGCCCAACACAAAAAGACUGCCAUCGGUUAUUAUAGUCUGCACGAUAUCAACUCUUUUCCUUGUGAAAAUGGCGAAAUGGAUAAGAUUGUCAAUGCUAGUGUUUGCAUUGACAACGCUCAUGGCCAGUCGAUUUGGAAUGUGCAUCUCGAAUCAUGGAGGACACAAAACGAAUUUUGGAAGCUCUAUAACGACAAAUACUCGGUUCUGCUUGAGAAAGCUCGAAGCUUUCUCCGCUUGCACACUCAGCGUCUUGAAAGUACUGACGGUGGCCCCGCCCCCAAGGCUGCAAUAUUCAUAUCUGCUGGCUUUGAUGCAAGCGAGUAUGAAGGCGCUGGAAUGCAGCGACACAAAGUCAAUGUGCCCACAGACUUUUAUGCCCGCUUCACGGCUGACGUGGUUCGAUUGGCAGAGGAAGAAGGGCUCGGUACCGAAGGUCGAGUCAUCAGUGUGUUGGAAGGCGGCUAUAGUAAUCGAGCGCUAGCAAGCGGAGUGCUUAGCCAUCUCUCUGCACUCGCAGACACUCAAACUCCUGAUGAUGUGUCCAAUGCUCGAAAUCGUCUAGCUUCUGAGAUGAGCGGGCGAUUGGGCCUAGAUCUUGGUGAGACAGAUCAGACAUCUUUGGAUCAAGAUGAGUAUACCGGUCCUGCCUUUGAAUCCGACUGGUGGGCUCCUGAUCUAUUGGAUGAAUUGGAGUUCCUGGCAUUUCCUCCUCCCCCUCCGCCUACCAAAAAGACGCAAAAGUCUAGCCCGACCUAUUUCUCUCCUACUCAAGCAUCUUCUGCGAAGGUCGUGAUUCCACUGCGAGAGCGAAAGUCGUCGGCAAAUCUUACUGUUGAUGAAUAUGCUACAGAACCGCUUCCCGAAGUGGGCUGGGCCACUUCUGCACAUGAGCUAUGGAAAUGUCUCAUACCUGGUGACCGUGAAACCUUGAGUUUUCAGUUUGAAGAGCUUAAAGUCAAGGCUGCGGAAGCCAAGAAAAAAAAGUUGGCAAACGUCGAGGUUCCAGCGACACCGAUGUCUGGGAACCGCAGACAACUUCGUACCAGAACGAGCAAGACAACAUCACCAGAUACCCCUGCUUCGAAGGCUCAAACGCCCCGUCGAACCAGCACCCGCAAUACUCGUCGCACUACCAUUGGGUCUGCUAGUGACUUGCCGGAGCCUCUUUCGUCAGAGCCACAGUCUGCGAAACCUCAGCGCCGGAGACAGAGUGCCAUGGGGACUGUUCCCGAGGCGAGCGAUAACCCUUCUGAAUCUGGUAGCAGAACCCCAACUCGUGCUAGCUCGCGGCUAUCAUCUAUUCCGAGUCAGACACCUGCUGGAGGGGUUGUGAAUAAAAAGACACGGGUUUCCAACGGCUCGCGCACAGGAACACCAAAACGAAAUGCAAGUCCGCAAAAAGUGCCGCCGCUGCCCAAAGUGCCAUCGCUGUACAUGCACACCCAAAAUACCGCUCCCACCAGCACAGCAACUUCACAAAUCACAGCCGAUGCGGAUGCAAACACGAUCGGUAACGAUGAGACAGAAAAUUCCAUUGAGGAUCUUUCAACCGGUAUCAAAAAAUUAAGCAUAAAGCUCAAAGUUCCGUCACCAGAGGAGAAUGCAAUACGGGAGAAAAAGGCUGCUGAGCAACGUAGAAAGGCAGCAGCAGCAAAGAAAGCAGCAGCAAAAACAGACCGUAACACAAUUUCCAAGCCAAGCUCGAAAAAUGAACAGACUGCCUCAGUUAAACCACCACAGUCUGCGCGCAAGGCCUCCGGAAAAGCUGCCAAACGCGUUGAAGAUGGGGUUCCCAUAAAAAUUGAAACUCCUCCAGCAUUACCUACACCGGAAGCCCGCAGUGCAUAUCCUUCAAUGGAAUCAUACCACGGGUUAAAUGGUGCAGUUUCACAGCAGUAUAAGGUGCCAUUGUCUCCGGUGCCACCCCUUGAAUUUCCACCAACUUCGGCACCUCCAAGUGAUAAUGCAUCAUCCACGCAGCCUCCCGGUAUGGUACAGUCACCUAUGAUCCCAAAUAAUGUCAACCAUGGAAGCUUGCCUGUCUUCACCUCUACAAGUCAUAUCCCCUUUGCUCUGCCUUCCGAUCGGGAGGAUCAGUCGAACAAUCACCAUCAGUCUCAGCCUUAUCCCCGAUCAGGCUUUGGUGCAAGCCAGCAAUUUCCGCAUGCUGGACCUCAAAAAUCACGGCCAAACUAUUCGGCCUACGCUCAGCAGCAGCAUUUCGAUGCCUGA